AUGUUGAGGAGAAUCUCUACCCAGUUCAAGCGGUCGUCCAAGGACAAUGGCGACAGUGAGCCUAAGAGCGCAGAGAAGCCCAACAAGCGCUUCUCCAAGGUCUCCCCCGCACGCAAAGCCACCUCCAACCAGGAGGAGAGCCACGUCGUGAAGCGCGCCGAGGUUGUCGCAACCUUCGAGAAGUUUGCGCAGGCCAUUCACGCCUCAAAGGAGCCUCUGCCCAACCAGACCGGUGACGGCACCUUCCUGAAACACGACCAGUCUUCUGGUCUGAUCAAUGACAUCAAGUCGCUCGGUUUCCGCGAUGUCAACACUGUCAAGGAUCUCGUCAAGAACAAGGCCUCCGGCGAGCUUGUCGAUGACAAGACCUACCUGAUGGAGCGCAUCAUCCAGAUGGUUGCCGAUCUGCCCGGUAACUCCAAGAACCGUACCGAACUUACCAAUGUCUUCCUGGAUGAGCUAUGGAACUCAAUUCCUCACCCUCCUCUUUCUUACAUGGGCGACGACUUCAAGUACCGCUCUGCUGAUGGCAGCAACAACAACCCUACUCUCCCGUGGCUUGGAGCUGCUAACACCGCAUACUGCCGCACUAUUCCUCCCCUCACCAUCCAGCCUUCUGGACUUCCUGAUGCCGGUCUGAUUUUCGAUACCCUCUUCGCCCGUCAGGAGUUUACUCCUCACCCCAACAAGGUCUCCAGUGUCUUCUUCGACUGGGCCUCCCUGAUUAUUCACGAUAUUUUCCAGACCGAUUACCGUCAACAGCACCUGAACAAGACCUCCGCCUACCUGGACCUCUCCAUUCUCUACGGUGAUGUCAAGGAGCAGCAGGAUCUCAUCCGUUCCCACCAGGACGGAAAGCUGAAGCCCGACUGCUUCUCCGAGGGUCGUCUGCAGGCCCUUCCUGCUGCUUGCGGAGUUCUCCUGGUCAUGCUGAACCGUUUCCACAACCACAUUGUUGAACAGCUCGCCGAGAUCAACGAGAACAACCGCUUCAGCAAGCCCCGCCCUGGUAUGUCCGAGGAGGAGACCAAAGCCGCCUGGGCCAAGCGUGAUGAGGACCUGUUCCAGACUGGUCGUCUCAUCACUUGUGGUCUGUACAUCAACAUCACCCUGUACGACUAUCUGCGCACCAUUGUCAACCUGAACCGCACCAACUCCACUUGGUGCCUGGACCCCCGUGCUCAGAUGGAGAAGGCCGGUGCCACUCCCUCUGGUCUCGGUAACCAGUGCUCUGUCGAGUUCAACCUGGCCUACCGCUGGCACUCGACCAUCAGUCAGGGUGAUGAGAAGUGGAUCGAGCAGAUCUACUAUGACCUCAUGGGCAAGCCCGCUGAAGAGGUCACCAUGCAUGAGUUGCUUCAAGGUAUGAAGAAGGUUGAGGGUAGGCUCGAUGCUGAUCCCUCCAAGCGCGAGUUCGCCGGCCUCAAGCGUGGCGAGGGUGGCUUCUUCAAGGAUGAGGAGCUUGUCAACAUUCUGACACACGCUACCGAGGAUGUUGCCAGCUCUUUCGGUCCCCGCAACGUGCCCAAGGCCCUGCGCUCCAUUGAGAUUCUCGGUAUCGAGGCUUCCCGUAGAUGGAACGUCGGCUCCCUCAACGAGUUCCGUAAGCACUUCGGCCUGAAGACUUACGACACUUUUGAGGAGGUCAACUCCAACCCCGAGAUUGCCGAUACUCUGCGUCACCUGUACGAGCACCCCGACUACAUUGAAUUGUACCCCGGUAUCGUUUCUGAGGAGGCAAAGGAGCCCAUGAUCCCCGGUGUUGGUAUCGCCCCUACCUACACCAUCUCCCGUGCCGUGCUCUCUGAUGCCGUCGCCCUCGUCCGUGGUGACCGUCACUACACCAUUGACUACAACCCCCGUAACUUGACCAACUGGGGCUACAACGAGUGCCGCUAUGACCUGAACAUCAACCAGGGCUGUGUCUUCUACAAGCUUGCUACCCGCGCGUUCCCCAACUACUACAAGCCCGACUCCAUCUAUGCCCACUACCCCAUGACCAUCCCCAGCGAGAACCGCAACAUCAUGAAGAACCUCGGCCGUGAGCAGGACUACUCCUGGGACAAACCCGCCUUCAUUGAGCCCCGCAUCAACCUGGUUUCUCACCAGAGCGCCAAGCUGCUCCUCGAAAACCAGAAGGAUUUCCAGCCCAGCUGGGGCCGCUCCAUGAGCGAGCUCUUCGGCAAGGGUGAGUUCGGCGCCGAGCAGCGUGAGGCCAUCGGCAAGGCUCUUAACACCGAGGAGUUCCCCAAGCUGGUCAAGAAGUUCUACGAGGAUGUCACCGAGCGUUUGAUCGCCGAGAAGGGUGGCCAACUGGGCAAGAUCAACCAGGUCGAUAUCACCCGUGAUGUCGGUAACCUGGCCCACGUCCACUUCGCCUCGACCCUCUUCGGUCUCCCUCUGAAGACCGAGGAGAACCCCCGCGGUCUCUUCACCGAGCACGAGAUGUACAUGAUCCUGUCGACUAUCUUCUCUGCGCUCUUCUUCGACGUCGAUGCUCCCCGCUCGUACUCGCUGAACCGCGCCGCCUCCGCCGUCUCCAGCCAGCUUGGCGCCGUCGUCGAAGCCACCGUCAAAGCCGACACCAACAGCGGCCUUUUCUCCGGUAUCAUGGACAGCUUCCGUCCUCACGACAACGCCCUCCGUGAGUUCGGCACCGACGCCGUCCGCCGCAUGAAAGAAGCCGGCUCCAGCGCCUCGGACAUCACCUGGUCCGCCAUCAUCCCCACCAUCGUCGGCAUGGUCCCCAACCAAGGCCAGGUCUUCACCCAGAUUAUCGAGUACUACACUGCACCCGAGAACAAAGCCCACCUGGCCGAGAUCAACCGUCUGGCCAAGGACGACUCCGCCGACUCCGACGAGACACUGUACCGCUACUGCCUGGAAGCCAUCCGUCUGAACGGCACCUUUGGCGCCUUCCGCGAGGCCAAGGUCCCGGUCACCGUCGAGGAGAACGGCAAGACCUACGGCAUCCAGGUCGGCCAGCAGGUCUUCGCCUCCUUCGUCGAAGCCAACCACGACGCCGGCGUCUUCCCUGAGCCCAACGAGGUCCGUCUCGACCGCCCCAUCGACUCGUACAUCAACCACGGUCAAGGUCCUACCACCGGCUUCGGCGAGCAGAUCACCAAGAUUGCUCUCGUCGCUAUGCUGCGCGUUGUUGGUCGUCUGCAGAACCUUCGCCGCGCUGCUGGUCCCCAGGGCCAGCUCAAGAAGAUCCCCCAGGACGGCGGUUACUACAACUACCUCCGUGGCGAUGGUACUGCAUACUGCCCCUUCCCCAUGUCGCUUAAGCUUCACUGGGACGGUCCCUUCGAGAAGAAGAAGAAGCCUGCCUCUUCGUAA